CCGGUAUUCUAUUUUCAUGGCCGAGUUUAUAAGGGACGUUUUAGAGCUAAAAGGAAGCGAUUUAUCGACAUAAAACUAGGCUCAAAAUCGAGAAAGUUAUAAUGUCAUGGAUUCUAAGAAUGAUAAACAGCCUCUAGUUACAAAAAAGGAAAAGUCUCAUGCAAAAUGUGUUAUAGUUGGAGACGGAGGAGUAGGGAAAACCUCGUUACUCGUGAGUUACCUCAUGGACGGAUUUCCGAACGAUUAUACACCAACCACUUUUGAUAAUUAUCAAGUAUCUGUAGAAGUUGAUAAACGCAUUUGCACUGUUGAGUUUUGUGAUACCGCCGGUCAGGAGGACUUUGACUCGUUUAGACCACUUUGCUACCCAAGCACAGAUGUAUUUAUUGUAUGUUUCUCCGUUGUUUCGCCAACUUCGUUUUCAAAUGUCUCGACGAAAUGGAUCCCCGAAAUACGAGAAUUUAAUCCAAAAGCGCCGAUAAUUCUCGUUGGGACGCACUCAGACUUGAAAAAUUGUAUGAAAGUACUUUUAGAACUCUCAGAAAAGGGCGAAAGUCCAAUAUCUUUAAAGAGAGCUCAAGGAUUGGUGAAAAAGACUCGAUGUGUUUGCUACGUAGAAACAUCUUCAGUAACUCAAAAAAAUUUAAAAACUGCAUUUGAUGAGGCGAUAUCUUCAGGGAUUUUACCGCCGAAAACUUCAAAGACGAUAGACCUCCGGGGCUGCGUUUGUGGUGUAAUGUAGAUUUUUUUGUUUCCGGAUUUAUUAAAUAAUUAUGUACAUUUUGUCA